CAGUUUUGUUGUUUAUGCCGCUCGGUGGUCGUGGCGCUUUUGUCGUUGUCGGCUUGUUUUCGUGAUUGAUAGCAAAAUGAUAGGAAUUUCUAAUUUUGAGGAGGAGUGAAGCCGCAGAAAUGUCGUCCCCUCAACCUAUGCCGCCCCCUUCGCCAAUGGGGCCACCUCAGCAAGCCUCCUCCCCUAUGCCGCAAUCGCCGCAGUCGAUGGGUCCACCCCAUGGGCACCCUCCGUCGCAAAGCCCCGGCCCAGCGCAGUCUCCAGGGCCUAUGAACUAUCACGCGCCGUCUCCGCAACAGCAGCACCAACCCCAGCAAGCCCCUGGAGGUCAUCAAAUUCCUGGUUCGCAUUCCGGGCCAAUGCACUCUGGCUCUCAGCAGCACCAGCAACCUCCAGGCCCUCACAUGCAACACAUGGGAUCCCACGGAGUGCCCCCUGGACAACAGCACAUGAUGCAGCAGCACCCCUCUGCCAUGGGGCCACAUGGGCCACCCCACGGCCCUCCAGCCGGGUACAUGGGCCCUCAAGGCCCUCAUCCAGUGCAUCCCAUGCAAAUGGGGCCUCACCCAGGACACCAUGGCCCACAUCCAGGUCAGAUGGGGCCUAUGGGAAUGGGCCCUCACCAUGGUCCUCCCAGCUCGCAACUUUCUCAAAGCUCAGGUGUUCCUCCUGGUAUGCACCAGUCUGGCCCUCAGGGUCCUUUGCAUCAAGGGCCACAAGGACAAAGUCAGGGAGGAGCUCACCAGGGCCCUAGUGGAUCUCAUCCCUCAGGGCAGAUGCCUCCUGGAUCUCACCAAGGCUCGGGAGGCCCUCCUCAUCAGGGUCCGAUGCAUCAAGGUUCUCCUGGAAUGCAUCAAGGUCCACCGCAUCAAGGGCCAGGUCACCAAGUGCCCCAGGGGCCACACCAAGGACAUCCAAUGUCAGCUCCGCAUCAAGGCGUGCCACCGGGUCAUCACCCCCAAGGACCUCACCAGGGGCCAGGUGGACAUCAUCAAGGUCCUCCUGGAUCGCAUCAGGGUCCACCUGGGCCUCAUCAGGGACCUCCUGGUUCUCAUCAGGGUCCUCCAGGCUCUCAUCAAGGACCUCCAGGUCAACACCAAGGACCGCAGGGUCCUCAUCAAGGCCCUCCUGGACCUCACCAAGGUCCUCCUGGGCCGCACCAAGCACCUGGGCCACAUCAAGGGCCUCCAGGACCUCCUCAUCAAGGCCCACCAAAUUCUCACACUGGUCCGAUGGGACACCAAGGACCUCCUGGACCUCCCCAUCAGUCCAUGCCAGGGGGCCCUCAUCAAGGUAUGCCUCACCAUGGGCCACACCAAUCUAUGCCGCCUCACCAAGGUGGCCCACCAAUGCCCAUGCAUCCUGGACAACAAGGCUCAAUGCCUGGUCAGCAUCCUCAGGGUCCGCAUCCCCAAGGACCGCCUCAUCCUGGACAUCAGCCACCGCCACAGCAGGGCUACAAUCCGCAAGAAAGUUUGGGCGCAAUGCAAAGGGCCAUUGAUUCAAUGGACGACAAGGGCAUACAAGAAGACCCCCGGUAUGCGCAUCUAUCGUCCAUGCGAUCGCGGCAGGGCAUGCCUGGACAGGGAUACGGCCCAGGUCCUGGUGGUCCUAAUGAUGGAGGCAAAGGCUCAAACCAGCCCCCGCACAAUUUCUCCCCUCAACAGCUGCAGCAGCUGAAGGUGCAGAUCAUGGCAUACAGGAUGCUGGCACGAGGUUCGGCCCUUUCGCCACAACUUGCCAUGGCCGUUCAAGGCAAGCGAAUGGAGUGCAUUCCUGGAGCACCCAACCAACAGGGAGGACCGAUUCCCUCACCGAUGAUGGGCAGCCCUGGAGGUCAGUCGCCAGGGCCCCCUCAUAUGGGUUCUCCAGGGCCUUACCCUUCACGAGGUAGUCAGUCCCCAUCAGGGGCACCACAGCCCCCACAACCGCCCACGCCGCAGGGACCGCCAACGUCCCAGUCGCAGCCGUCACCUGAGAGUGGUGCUACCACAAGCUCCUCCUCCGGCCCUGCAAGCACCAGCAGCUCAGCCCCUCCUUCCUCCUCUGCUUCCCCGCAAAUGAGCCACCCUAUGCGUCCCCCCUGUCCCCCUGGGGGUCAGCCGCCCAACCAGUCGCCCAUGAUGGGCCAGAUGGCCCCCAACACGGGCGCUCCUCCUGCAGGCGUGCCGCCUCACAUGAUGCCCCGGCACUCGGGCCCACCGCCCAUGCACGGAGGCCCGCCCGGUCCGGUGGGUGGCUACCACCCCAUGAUGCCCCAACAGCGACCUGGCAUGCCCCCUCAGCACCUUCCCCCUGGGCAGCAACCCCCGCCUCAGCCUAAUGCUUAUCCUCCUCAAAUGCAAGGCCCUCCAGGUGCUCUGCAGCAGUUGCCACCCGUAGGGGCUCCCAUGCCCCCAGGCCAGCAGCCCUCCCUACAGCAGCAACAACAACUUCAGCAGCAACAGCAACAACAGCAGCAGCAGCAACAACAACAACAACAACAGCAGCAACAGCAACAGCAAAAGUCGCAAGUCAGGGUCACAACCCUUGCCAAACCAUGCGGAAUCGAUCCUAUUAUGUUGCUUGGCGAGCGAGAAAACAGGCUAGCUGCUCAGAUUGCAUACCGAAUUGAGGAGCUGACACAAAUAGCGCCUUCAUUGCCAGAAGAAUUGAAAAUUAAAGCUCAGAUAGAGCUUCGAGCCCUGAAAGUUUUGAACAUUCAAAGGCAGCUCAGGGCAGAGAUUGUUGCUUGUACAAGGAGAGACACAACUCUAGAAACUGCAAUUAAUAUCAAGGCAUACAGACGAACAAAAAGGCAAGGCUUAAGAGAAGCUCGUAUGACUGAAAAGUUGGAAAAGCAGCAGAAAAUGGAAGCCGAUCGCAAGAGAAGAAUAAAGCAUCAAGAAUAUCUAAACACUAUUCUCCAGCAUGCAAAGGAUCAUAAAGAAUUCUAUCGUAACAACCUUGUCAAAAUCGGUAAGGUCAACAAGGCAGUUAUGAAUUGGCAUGUGAAUGCUGAGCGGGAGCAGAAGAAGGAACAGGAACGAAUUGAAAAGGAACGUAUGCGCCGUCUCAUGGCUGAGGAUGAAGAGGGUUACAGAAAACUCAUUGAUCAAAAGAAAGACAAGCGCCUGGCCUUCCUUUUGUCUCAGACCGAUGAGUACAUUGGAAAUCUCACAGAAAUGGUCAAAAUGCACAAAAUGGAGCAGAAAAAGAAGCAAGUUGAAGAAAAGAAGGUGAAGAAACGAAAAAAGGGUGACACGGAGGGUGAAAAUGCCGACGACAAUUCUCAGUCAAACGAUGUACGUGUCAACGUCAUAGAAAAAGCUUCCGGCAACACACUGACUGGAGAAGAUGCUCCUUUGGCCAGUCAAUUGAAGGAGUGGCUCGAGCAGCAUCCUGGCUGGGAGCCUGAGGACGAAGAUUGGGAAGUGGAAUCUGACGAUGAGGAAUCGGCUGAAAAGAAGACCGAGAAAGAGGGCAAGAAUGGAGACGAUCAAGCAUCAGACCAGAAGAAAACAAUUCACAAGCCAAAGGUUGAGGAUGACGAGUACAGGAAAAACAGCGAGGAGCAAACUUACUACAGCAUUGCGCACACAAUAGGAGAAGAGGUUAAGGAACAGGCCUCAAUCAUGGUCAACGGUGAUCUCAAAGAAUACCAGAUAAAGGGCUUGGAAUGGCUGGUGUCUUUGUACAACAAUAAUCUGAAUGGCAUAUUGGCUGAUGAAAUGGGUCUUGGAAAGACAAUUCAGACUAUAGCAUUAAUAACAACUUUGAUGGAGAAAAAGAAAGUCAAUGGACCGUUCCUCAUCAUAGUUCCCUUGUCAACAUUAUCAAACUGGGUGUUGGAAUUUGAGAAAUGGGCUCCAACUGUUUUAGUCGUUGCCUACAAAGGUUCACCGCAAUUGAGACGAACUGUUCAGAGCCAGAUGCGUUCCACCAAGUUUAAUGUCCUACUCACAACCUAUGAAUAUGUCAUCAAAGAUAAAGCUGUCCUUGCAAAGAUACAUUGGAAGUACAUGAUCAUUGACGAGGGUCAUCGCAUGAAGAACCACCACUGCAAACUGACGCAAGUGUUGAACACACACUACAUAGCGCCACAUCGCCUGCUGCUCACAGGCACCCCUCUACAGAACAAACUGCCUGAGCUGUGGGCGCUGCUCAACUUCCUGCUGCCCUCCAUCUUCAAGUCAUGCAGCACGUUCGAGCAGUGGUUCAACGCUCCGUUUGCGACCACAGGCGAGAAGGUCGAGUUGAACGAGGAAGAAACCAUUUUGAUCAUCCGCCGUUUGCACAAAGUGCUACGUCCGUUCUUGCUGAGACGUCUCAAGAAAGAGGUUGAAGCUCAAUUGCCGGACAAGGUUGAGUACAUCGUUAAAUGCGACAUGUCCAGUCUGCAGAAGGUCCUCUACAGGCACAUGCAGAGCAAGGGAGUUUUGCUCACUGAUGGAUCCGAGAAAGGAGCUAAGGGCAAGGGAGGAGCCAAGGCGCUCAUGAAUACAAUUGUUCAGCUCAGGAAGCUGUGCAACCAUCCGUUUAUGUUCCAACAUAUAGAGGAGAAAUAUUGUGAUCAUAUAGGCUCCUCAGGACACACAGUUUCAGGGCCUGAUCUCUAUCGAGCCUCUGGCAAGUUUGAGCUGUUGGACCGAAUUCUGCCAAAACUGAAGGCCACCAACCACCGAGUUCUACUCUUCUGUCAAAUGACACAGUUGAUGACCAUACUUGAAGACUACCUUGGGUGGAGAAACUUUAGCUACCUUCGUCUUGACGGAACCACCAAGUCAGACGAACGAGGGGAUUUGCUGAAGAGGUUCAACUCAAAGGAGUCCACCUACUUCAUUUUCCUUCUGAGUACAAGAGCUGGAGGUCUAGGUUUGAACCUACAAGCAGCCGACACCGUCAUCAUCUUUGAUUCUGACUGGAAUCCUCACCAGGAUUUGCAAGCCCAGGAUCGAGCUCACAGAAUUGGCCAGAAAAAUGAAGUGCGAGUUUUGCGUCUGAUGACUGUGAACUCGGUAGAAGAGCGAAUAUUGGCUGCUGCUCGAUAUAAACUGAACAUGGACGAGAAAGUCAUUCAAGCUGGCAUGUUUGAUCAGAAGAGUACCGGGUCUGAGCGACAACAAUUCCUGCAAAGCAUAUUGCACCAAGAUGAAACUGAGGAAGAGGAGGAAAAUGAAGUCCCAGAUGACGAAACUGUCAAUCAAAUGAUAGCCCGCUCGGAGCAAGAGUUUGAAAUUUUUCAGCGGAUGGACCUUGAAAGGCGCAGGGAGGAAGCAAAGCCUGGCCCAAACAGGAAGUCUCGACUGAUCGAAGAGAGCGAACUGCCAGAUUGGUUGGUAAAGGAGGACGAUGAAGUGUUCCAGUACGAGGAAGAGGAAGAAAAGUACUAUGGUCGUGGUACACGGCAAAGGAAGGAGGUCGAUUACACAGAUAGUAUUACUGAAAAGGAGUGGCUUAAAGCUCUUGAGGAUGGAAGUGAAGAAUACGAGGAGGAGACAAAAAAAGUACGAAAGAAGACUCGUAAAAGACGUCGCAAGGGUGAGGACGAAGAAGAAGACGACGUCAAUGACAGUUUGGCUGGGUCCAGCUGUGCCAGUCCUGCCUCUACUGGUGGCGGCGGUGGUGGCAAGAAACGCAAAAUGACCUCGAGUGACAAAAAAAUGAAGAAUGGGCUCAAAAAGCUCAUGGAUAUAGUUGUAAAGUACACUGAUAGUGAUGAUCGUAUUUUGAGUGCACCUUUCAUGAAACUGCCAACAAGACGGGAACUUCCAGACUACUAUGAGGUUAUAAAGAAACCGCUGGACAUAAAGAAAAUUCUUGCUAGAGUUGAAGAUGGAAGGAUCAAUGAUUUUGAUGACCUCGAGCGAGAUUUUAUGCAGUUGUGCAAGAACGCACAGGAUUAUAACGAGGAAGCCUCUCUGAUUCACGAAGACUCGAUAGUCCUGCAGUCGGUCUUUACCAAUGCCAGGCAGAGACUUGAGCAAGAGACGGACUUUGGAAAAGACGACGACUCUGUUGCCCAAGAUGAAGAAUCUGAGGAAGAAGCAGAGCCGGCCAAAAAGGGCAGAAAACCAAAGGGGCGCACACCUGGCCCUAAGAAGAAGCGUGGCCCCAAGAGCAAAUAUGUGAGUGAUGAAGAGGACGACGAAAUGCAGGCAGGUCCUUCCACCUCAUACAAUGGAGAGAACUUCCCCAGUGUAGUCUGAGAAGAAAUGUGCAUCAAGCAAGCAACUCGAAAUUCCAGUAGAUUUUACUCAUAGAUUUCUUUUAAAGGGUGACCAAUAGAAAUUCCGUAAAGAUCUGCAUGUACGCAUAAAACUAAAAAGGUGAAUUGUGUAAUUUUGAACAAUUGUAAAUGAAAAUUUUAUUUUGAUUUUGUGACGUUCAGCAAGAUUUGCUGAGUUUGUUUUUAAUAGUCGUGGCAAUGAUUAAAAUUUUGAAAUUUGCUAAUUUUAUUACUUCCGUUUCUCCAUGUGCAUUCAGAUGAAUAUAAUAUUAAAUUAAACAACAA